UUCAUGCUCAUUUCCUCUUCUAUUCUUCACAUUUAAGCCCUCUAUUUUUUAUUUUUUAUUCAAAUCUUUAAAACCCUUUUGUCUUGUACAUAUACAUAGCCAUAGUUUCAAAUUUUCCUCAGAAGAAAAGGAAAAAGAAUAUCCACAAGGAAGAAGAAAAUAAAAACAGAGAGACAUGGGUUUUUGCAAAGAAGAGAAAUCGAAAAGAGUUUUGAGGAUAAUAAAGACUGUGUUUUUCUUGAUCACCAUGUUGAUUUCUCUUCUCCUAUUCUCGGCUCCGGUUCUUCUUGUUAUUGCCGAUACCCUACUCCCUUCGGCGAUUCUCUCCGCCUCGAUUUCUCCACGUCAUACGGCGUCGUCCCAGGAUAAUCCUACCUCUUCUUCACCGCUCGAAAUCCUCUCUUUUCAUUUCAGAAACUACGAUUUUCGAUACUCUCUCAUUGAUAUUCCAAUCAUUUCCAUUGUCAGAUCAGCCGUCAUCAUCUGUGUUUAUAGCUUCUGUGAUGGACCAAGGCUAUCGAGAGGACCAUAUUUGGGGAUUACAACAGUGUGUUCUCUUCUUUCUCUUGUGUUUGUUUCGUUAAAAGCUUCUUAUGUAUUUGGGGUUUCGAGCGUGGAUCAAGAAGGGUAUAUCAAUAUGAGAGUAGCCGAAAUAGCCUUAUUCUUAUGCUCACUGGUAUUGGCCGUGGGUCAUAUUAUUGUGGCUUAUAGAACUAGCUGCAGAGAAAGACGAAAGCUUUUAGUUUACAAAAUCGACAUUGAAGCUGUUUCAGCUUGCAAGAAAGGGUUUCCAAGGUAUCAAAAGAUUCUUCAAGAAGAAAGAACCAAGUAAAUUAUUUAACAUCGAUAAGAACUUUCAACAUGGAUUUCUACAUUGUGUUCAGCUAACCUUUCACUAGUCAAGCCUUGAGUUUUCAGAUUAAUUUAAAGGAAUCAGUGAACUCAGGAUGUAUAUAUAUAAUUAUAUAUAGUAAAAACUAAGAGAAAGCAGACAGAGCAGAGCAGGCAACCACUUGAACAUGUCGUAUAUGCUUACAUGUACUCGACGUGUAACUGGUGAUUGUGUGUAUAUAGAGGCUGCCGCCUGCCUUAUCUCGGCACUUACUUUUUUUCUUUCUCCUUUUCUUUUUUUGGAGGCUUCUUCUAUUUCUUUACCAAUUGUACAUACUUUCAUUCACAUUUUAAGAAAAUAAUAAUGAUAAAUUGUAAGUUGGGGGAAUGGAAAUGUAUCGUUUUUCUUCUUCUGA